AUGACAUCCCAAACAGUAGUUCAAGCUGAACUAGUCCAUCUAGUUGCAGACUACAUGGCUUUACGUUUUACAAUCCCAGAGAUUGAAGCAGGAGAAACUAUCGAAGGAGGGGAGCUUUAUGCAAUGUUCGCAGUUGAUAAAAGUGGAUCCAUGAGUGGCUCCCCAAUGAAUGAUGCUAAAGGAGCAGCUGAAAGUUUGACAGUGAAAUUCCGUAAAAUGGACGUCCCUGUCACUGUCUAUCCUUUUUCCAACACAAGUAAAGAUUGGAGCUCAGAUGCUAUGGGCUAUGAUGAACUCGUAAAAAAUUUACAAGCACUUAAAGCAAGUGGUGGGACUAUUUUUGAAAGCGUUAUUAAAAUGAUGGAACAAAAAAUAAAUGAAAAGAACCUAAAGAACGUCUUUUCUGUUUGGCUCACUGAUGGACAAGAUAAUAAUGGCUUGGCAAGCUUAACUCCAGUUAUGGAGUCCUUUAAGAAUAGUCUUGAAGCUAAAGGUGUUUCAAUUGCAGUUCAUUGUAUUGGCUUUGGCUCUGGUCACGAUGCCACUCUAUUAACUAAACUAUCACAGAGUGGAACCAGGCCUGGAACUUUCCAAUAUGUCCCUGAAGGAGGAAGAAUUCCUGUUGCAGUCAACAAUGUUUAUGAACUAGCAUAUGAAUCCACAACAUGGGCAAGAUUAGUAUCUCAAGGUGGAGCUGUUUCUUUCUAAAUUAUUAGCGUUCAGUUUAGCGUUUCGUGCUUCACCUAUAAAACACUCGUCAUAGCGUUAUCUAGCUCGGACCAUGCCUUAUCUUUAGACGGACAGCCUCUCGGCACUUUGAUAAUGCCAACUUGAGUCAUCUCGCACUCUAAAGAUCCCAGUCAUGACGGCCUGGGAUUGCUAACACAUUAAAUAAAUUUUAUUUCCUAGAGGAUGAACUUCUAAUACUAUGACUGCUUGAGUUUUAAUACUCUACCAUGGCUCGCUGGGUUAAACCAAGCCUCUUAAUUACAAUAAAAUAGAAAAAUUCUCUCCAGGAGUCCAGAAAAUUAGAAUGACGACAUACUUUGACUAUGAGCUGUUUCAUACAAAGUAAACGUUGAUAAAGAUGGAGACGAAGAAUCAAAAACUCCUGGCUUGAAGGCUUUAGUCUAUAUCUCUGAAAAUGAUUUAGAAGACUGCAAAAUUGAAAUCCACAAAGGCUCUAGUGUUGUUUCUGUAGAACUUGAGCCUACAAGAGGAGACUCUAAAAAUUUCUUUGACUUACUUUAGAUUAUUGGAUUAUAGCUAUUGUGAAAAAAAUAAAUAAUAAAAAAUUGUUUAUUUAUUUUUUAUAGGAGGAAAUUAGUUGAUUUGGUGACAAGAUUUAUUGCAUUUAAAGUCUCACAAGCUUUAGAGCAAGGUGCAGUAGGUGCAGGUGAGAAGCUAAGAGAACUAAGCCCACUUUUAGAAGAAAUGGGCAGAAGACUUGAAAAUUUAUUGCAAGAAUCCAAGAGAUUGCGCCCAUACAAACAAAAACAACUUGCAUCCUUUUUUUCAGCAACAAAGGACUUAAUUAACUUCUAUUUUUCCACUCUUGGAACCAUUGGAGGUGGAGAGAUUGGAAACGAAACUUUAGCUCAGCUAAAUGGCUAUGCUAACAAAGUUUCCUUACUCUAUUUAUUCUUGAUAAAUGAUUGACCAUUUUUGGUCAAGGAUGGUGCGAAAAAUUUCUUGUAAAACAGAUUAUAUGUAAUUUAUAUUAGCUUGCAAAAAUUAUUAUAUUAAAGAUUUUCCCAUAAAAAUGUUAUGCUCUAGUAAUAAAGGUAAAGCAUGUAAAAUAUUCUGCCAAUAUGCUAUAAUCCCUUGGCUAAAUUUCUAUGGCCGUUAUACGUGCCAUUUUCAUAUGAAAUUUCAAAUUAUGAAUUUGCUGCACUAAAAUCUGCGUUUUGAAACGUAUAUUUGGUUUUCACAUACCAAAAAUUCAAAAUGGCAUGCAUAUGCAUGAUAAGAAAUAAAUACAAUGCAUCAUAGAAAUCGCAAGGUAUAGAAUAGUUUCAUUCAUGACCAUAUGAAAAUAUUUGACCAAGAACACGGUUGAUUUUCAUUGUUAGGAAAUUUUCAAUGGAAUCGCUCAAUUGAGGGAAGGGAGUUAAGAAAAAAUCUUGAAAAGAAAAUUGCCAAAGAGGCUGGACCAAAUCUCCCAUUGCUGUUCCUAGCAGAUGACCAGACUGAAGAGUUGAUGCACGAUUUCGAAAGAAAAGAAUUGGUAGAAAAAUACCCAGACUUCCAAAGACAAGGAACUUGCAUUCUUUCAGGGAAAAAUUGGAUUGAUGCUGUCACUUCUGGCGACUGUUUAUGCUUAACUUUCAGCGUAGAGAGACCACAGAAUCUUGAAGGAAACCCACUCGAUAUUAAAAUCACGAACAUUUCAUCAACCAUAAUAUCCCAUGAUACUUUUCUAGAGUCACCAUUAUUCGAGACAAAAGCAGGGCAGCUUAUACAAGGUCCUAGAAGCUAUCAGCAUGGCCAACCAACACCAUCAGCCCACACAUUGGAUCCUAAGCUUCCUCAUGAGCCUUUAAACGCAGUAAUUCCUCUUUUUAUAUCUCCAGAACACUGGAAAAUCGCAAAAUUAAGACUCAAUUCUAUGCUAGCAUAUGAUAUCACUGUUGACGUCUUAGGUUUCAAGCCUGAUCAGCUGCUUUAUUUCCCAUUCAUGCUCCUAUGCAAGUCCUUUGAGUUAAACUUGCCUAAAAUAUCUCCAGAGACCCAUAGUUUGAUUCAAGAGACCUGCAGACAAAUUUAUAUCGACAAUCAAGACUCAAUUCUUAGGAACCUAAAAGACAAAGUAGAAAAUUACAUUGCUGUUCCUGCGAUACGUCUUGAAGAUUCUAUUCCUAGUAACCAAAUCUUUUUGAGCCAAUUAUAUAUUGCUAGCUUGGUUGGAGAUAUUACUGAGUUUAGAGAGAUCUUGCCAUUUGUUUUCGAAGAAGAGGUCAGAAGAUCUUUUAAGUACCCAGAAACUAAGUUCCAUGAAUUAUGCUUAAAAUUGUUAAAAGUUGACGCCACUAAAGAAAUUGAAGCUGUCAAAGCUUCUUUUGUGGAUAAAAAGUCAUCAUUUGCUCAGAGAUUUCUUGCUCUGCUUGAAAGUGUUACUGGAGUAAAAGAGACAGAAGAAGUGAAAAAAGAAGAGGAUGCAAAACAAGAAGAGCCAGCUGCUGCUGCUGCUCAAAAGCACGAAUUUAAAGACAGAAUUUUAGAGCUAAGCGCAGAAACAAACGAGGCAAUUGAUAAACUCUACUCUGAGCUACAACACCAAGCUUUUGGUGGUUUUUCACAGCUUCUAUCAGUACUCGGACUUACUGUAAACACCCUUGAAGACCUUAGCUUGACAGAAAACGAGCAAAAGCUCGCAUUUUUACUACAAGUAAUCGGCCAUCAUAAAACUCCAGAUCGUAAAGAAGCCAUAAACAACAACGCUUACGUUAAUUCUUUUGACAAAGAAGCAAGCAUUGCUUUUAUCCAAAACUCCUAUACAGCAACAUUAAAUAGAGAAGUCUUAUCAUUCAAAUCUCAACUAAUUGCCCAGCUUGAAGGAAAAGAAGCUCAGCAAAAGGCAACUACCUUUGCUAUGACUGACGAUCUAAACGAAGCAGCUGGACUUGUCCAUGGCUUGCAUCAAGGUGACAUUGGGUUCCCUCUAUUCGCAAAAAGUUUAGCCAUGGGUCAUGUCCCUCAUGUCAUUGAAAAAAUCAAAAUGCUUGUUACAGGCCAGUACAGAGGAGUCAAGCUUAUCAUGGACACCCUAAAACUAAAUCCAACAUUUAUAGAGUGGAAACCUAAGAAAAAAUUCACCCACAAAAUUUACCUCGCCCAUAAGGAUGAAGUCAGAAAAGAAGAUUGGUUCGAAGCUUUCCCUCACCAAAGAGAGCACUUUGAGCACAUUUUUAUGAGAAGCAGCGGCACGUUUGUCCCGUACACGAAGCCAAGAUCAAACUGUCGUGAUAAGAGACAUUUUAAUAAGCCUUAA